AGGAAGGGAAACGCAAGGAAAAAAAAAAAAAAAAAAGAAAAGAAAGAGCGGGGCGGCGCGUAUACGGACAACUGAAAAGGGAGCAUGGCGCGAAUUUCGACGCUGGUUCUGGACUAACAAUUCUCAAAUAAAACAAGAGUGGCUCUGGCGCUUCGGAGGCAUAUGAUUCUCAAUCUCUAUACGCCUCUCCUUCUUGUUAUUGUAAUAAUAUUUAAUUUCCAACGCAAAUAUUCUCAGAAUCUAAUUUCUUUGGGCUGGUCUACUGAUGCUCUUUUAGAUUUCGUCGACAGCAAUACCCAGAUUCUGAUUUUACUGGGGGACUGUUGUCAACUUGUCAUUUGAGAAGAACAAUCUCUAGGAACUAACAUGACAAGUAUAGCUGCCUUCAGUGCCAACCUGCACUACAGGUUAAACAAAUGCAGGGUACACAGUUGCACACAACCCGCCCAGGUGUCUGGUGCGGCAUUCAAUGGAGGCUUGCAGAAAGAACUUUCAUGGUCAUAUGGAGUAUCCAAGAUGUUGCAAAUUCAAAGAUUUAACAUUUACCGGUCUACCAUUGGUGAAUACUGGAAAUCUUUUGGAACGAUAACAGUUAGUGUAUCAUCUUGCCUAAGAGAUGGUUCCACCAAGUAUUUUGAUUUUGUCGUUAUUGGAAGUGGAGUUGCUGGACUUCGCUAUGCUCUUGAAGUUGCAAAACAUGGAACUGUUGCUGUGAUAACCAAGGCUGAGCCUCAUGAGAGCAAUACAAACUAUGCCCAAGGUGGCGUUAGUGCUGUGUUGUGUCCUUUGGACUCUGUGGAGAGUCACAUGCAGGAUACCAUUGUAGCAGGGGCUUAUCUAUGCGAUGAGGAAACUGUUAGAGUUGUUUGUACUGAAGGACCUGACAGAAUCAGGGAAUUGAUAGCUAUGGGUGCAAUGUUUGAUCAUGGUGAGGACGGAAACCUGCACCUAGCAAGGGAAGGGGGUCACUCUCACCAUAGAAUUGUUCAUGCUGCCGAUAUGACUGGGAGGGAGAUUGAGCGAGCGCUGCUGGAGGCAGUUGUUAAUGAUCCUAGUAUAUCCAUGUUUGAACACCACUUUGCAAUAGAUUUACUGACUUCUCAGGAUGGUCCUGACACAGUUUGCCAUGGCGUUGACACAAUGAAUACUGAAACACAAGAGGUUAUUCGUUUCAUUUCAAAGGUGACUUUACUUGCAUCAGGUGGGGCUGGGCAUAUCUAUCCAUCUACCACAAAUCCUCCGGUGGCCACUGGAGAUGGCAUUGCAAUGGCUCACAGAGCUCAAGCUGUGGUGUCAAACAUGGAAUUUGUGCAGUUCCAUCCAACUGCCUUAGCUGAUGAAGGCCUUCCUGUCAAACCAAACAAAGCUCGAGAAAAUGCAUUUCUUAUCACUGAAGCCGUCAGGGGUGAUGGGGGUAUCCUCUAUAAUUUAAGCAUGGAAAGGUUUAUGCCCAUGUAUGAUGAGAGGGUUGAGUUAGCUCCUAGGGAUGUGGUGGCAAGAAGUAUAGAUGACCAGCUUAAAAAGCGUAAUGAGAAGUAUGUGCUACUUGAUAUAAGCCACAAGCCCAGAGAAAAAAUACUCUCCCACUUUCCCAACAUAGCUACUGAGUGUCUUCAGUAUGGCCUGGAUAUAACUCAUCAGCCAAUUCCAGUGGUUCCUGCUGCACAUUACAUGUGUGGUGGAGUCCGUGCUGGGCUUCAGGGGGAGACAAAUGUGCGGGGCCUCUAUGUAGCAGGUGAGGUUGCAUGCACUGGUUUGCAUGGAGCAAACAGACUUGCUAGUAAUUCAUUGCUUGAAGCACUGGUUUUUGCAAGAAGAGCUGUCCAGCCUUCAAUUGAUCACAUGAAGUGCUCUGGGCUUGAUCUCAGUGCUUCAAGUUGUUGGGCACGACCAGUUGUGCCCAAUUCACUUGGAAGUGAUGUAAUAGACAACAUAUUGAAGACAACAGUGAAAGUAAGGAAAGAACUGCAAUCAAUCAUGUGGAAAUAUGUGGGAAUUGUUCGCUCAACAACUAGACUAGAAACUGCUGUGGGAAAAAUCAGUGAACUGGAGUCUCAGUGGGAAGAGCACUUAUUUGAGCAAGGAUGGGAGCAAACAAUGGUAGGGCUUGAGGCUUGUGAAAUGAGGAAUCUCUUUUGUUGUGCAAAGCUGGUGGCGAGCAGUGCCCUGGCUAGGCAUGAAAGCCGCGGUCUUCACUAUACAAUUGAUUUCCCGCAUGUGGAGGAAAGUAAGAGGUUGCCAACAAUUAUUUUCCCUUCUCCCAUAAAUAGGACAUGGAGUUCAAGACAGCUGCACAAGCUGGCUAUCUGUUAGCAAGUGCAGGGCCUGUGUCUGUUUUCUUCCAGCUAAAACAUUAUUUUUUGGAUAUAUCAUUCAUUGUUUAAAUGAAGAUUUAUAGUGAAUCCUCUGGAAAGAAAGGGGAUGUGCCUUUCUUUGUUUACUUGAAAAUUUCUUUGUUUCCUUUUAUGGACUUGUUAAGAGAGCCUAACAAUAAUGUCCUUGGUGAUUGGAUUGCUAUAAGUAGGAUGAGUUAUGAAUAUUUGAAAAAUUGAAUUUGAUAAGUCAAGAAAUGCUAUAAAACAUGCUGUGGCCUGUAUUAGGAGAAAUUUUUAUAAUUUCUCCUGUAUUAGAACACAUAUUAUGAAUUUCUCAUCAAUUUUGCUCAA